AUGCAGACGGAUGCAAUCACAUCGCAGUGUGACCUUGAUGGAGUUGAUCAACAAGAGAAGCAGAUGAAUAACUCGCCGUUAUUCGAGGAUAACAUUGAAAUCCCUAGUGAGCAUCUAUCUGCUGAAACGGAUAACAGCUCUCCUCAUGACGGUUUAUGUAUUGCUGAAGAAGAAUCGCCGUUGAAUAGGAGUGAACCUAAUUCUGAUAGACGUCAAGCGCAUAUGGAGUCUCAGGAACGUGGGGAUGAACAGCGCAGAGCGAACGUUAAACGCGAACCCGUCAACUUUGAUGAGGGAUCUCAGGCGAUUUCUGUCCAAGUAUACCAUCCGGAUGGCAGUGAGGGACAAUCAUUAAAUGCGAGUGAGCACGUUGGGUCAGAUGUGGAUCAACACAGAGGUAUCUCCGAUCACCCAGUGGAUCCGACAAUAAAUUACAGGUAUAAAAUGUGGUCAAAUGCAUACAAGACUUUUCGCACGAAUCCGUUUAUCAUCUCUCCUGAUAGCGGUCAGGAGCCAAAUGAACGUAAUUGGAAGGAAAUUUAUGUGGGUGAUGUACUGUGGGUGCGUUGGAGGAAGAAUGAGUACUGGCCAGCUACUGCUUACAGCAUUUCGGACACUGCUCCUGUUAAGGUUACUGUGCUGUGGAUCAACGAUAAGACUCAGAGCACGGUGGACUACACACAGGUGGACUCCUUUGACAUGGCUUUCCACAUCAGAUACGACGCCCGUCGUAACGACCCGAAGUAUGUCAAAGCAGUUGCCACAGCACUUCGUUUUAUGGGAAAAAUGGGUUUUUGGGAAUGUCAUAUCACUGCGAAGGUUUACGAUGAAAUUGUCAAGGAGGAAGGAGAGUCCUUUUGUCGCCAUAUUUUUCCCGACGAGUUAAAAAGGAUUAAAGAAAAGUCUAAAGCACCGAAGUUGGCAAAGGAGACAAAAAAAGAGGACCUGACAAAGAUGCAGCGAUCUGAAGAAGUACUUCAAGCUCUCCAGGCUGCCCACUUUAUAGAUAUAUAUCAGCGCUCUCCCCUGGUUGGUAACGCUCUCCCUUUGACGCAACAGAUAGUUGACGAUUACCAAGGAAGCAAAGAGUAUGCCAGUGGAAACCUUGACCCUCUGUUUGUUGACGGAUCCAUGCUAUCCUUUGACGAAGAUGUCAAGGUGUUCAACAUUGAUCCGGCAGUAAUGGGAUCAAACGAAAUUGUUCAGUGGGAUGGUGACAGCGGAAUGGUCAAAUCUGGCCAUGACGCUACCGACGCUUACUUGGGUUACGAGCCUCCCGAUGAUGUCGAUGCAGUCACUUCUAGCGCAAAUGCUUUCGAUGGCGAAACUAAAGAGGAGGUAAAGUUGAGCUUGAGAAUGCUUCCUGCUAUCUAUUUUACUACUGAAGACUUUGUAUGGGGUUAG